UGGAGACAAACAAGGAAGUAAGAGGGAUCCAAUAACAUGACAUAGUACUGUACUUCAUUUUUCAUUUAGACGUUAUUUGCGACGAUAUGUCCUGUUAGUUUUGUCAGCAUUGGAUUAUGCGGACCACAACUGUGAUUGCAUGAAACCCAUGGACACAGCAUUGUACUGCUGAGCAUCGGAAUGGAGGAGACUAGCCGUGAAGCAGUUGCCACAGCGGUGCAGCGCGUGGCUGGAAUGCUGCAGAGAUCUGACCAGUUGGACAAAGUGGAGCAGUACCGAAGAAGAGAAGCCAGAAAGAAAGCCUCUGUCGAAGCGAGGCUUAAGGCAGCCAUCCAGUCUCAGCUAGACGGUGUCCGCACUGGACUUACUCAGCUGCACAGUGCUUUGCUUGACGUGAAGGACAUCCAGAGCUCGCUGGCCGAUGUGAGCAAGGACUGGAGGCAGAGUAUCAACACCAUAGAGAACCUGAAAGAUGUCAAAGAUGCGGUGGUUCAACAUAGUCAGCUGGCCUCCGCUGUGGAAAACCUGAAGAACAUUUUCUCAGUCCCGGAAAUUGUGGCGGAGACCCAGCAGCUGAUCGAGCAGGCGCAGCUGCUUCAGGCCCACAGGAAGCUGAUGGAACUGGAGAGCUCCCGAGAUGACCUCAUGUAUGAGCAAUAUCGUAUGGACAGCAAGAACACCAGCGACAUGCAUCUCAUUUCCAUCUAUUUUGAAGACGUUCAGCGGCUCUCGGAUGAGCUUGCCAAGCAGUUGUGGAUGGUUCUGCAGAGGGCCAUGGCUACUGUCCGCCGUGACCCCACCAUGUUAGUGUCAGUGGUUCGUAUCAUUGAGCGCGAGGAGAAAAUCGACCGGCGCAUGGUUGACCGUAAAAAGCAGACGGGCUUCAUCCCGCCCGGACGACCCAAAAGAUGGAAAGACAGAAUGUUUGAGGUUUUGGAGGGCACCGUCAGUACCCGCAUCGAGGGCACGCAGGCGGUGACGAGAGAGGCUGAUAAAAUGUGGCUUGUUCGACUUCUGGAGAUAACGAGGAAAUAUGUUUUGGACGACCUCAUUAUUGUCAAGAACCUCAUGGUUCAGUGCUUCCCGCCACAUUACGACACCUUCAACAGGUUCUUCAGCCUUUACCACAAUGCUGUUUCCACUCGUGUCCAAGAACUGGCAUCUGAGGACUUAGAGGCCAAUGAGAUAGUGUCCAUGUUAACCUGGGUCCUCAAUACCUACAAGAGCGCCGAGAUGAUGGGCCAUCCGGAGCUCAUCGCUGAGUGUGACAUCAACCAGGUCGAGGCGCUGCUACCUCAGGAUGUGGUGGAUGACCUACUCAGCAAAUAUGUCCAGACUUUCACAUCAAAUAUUACCGGCUGGCUGAGGAAAGCUCUGGAAACGGACAAGAAGGACUGGCAGAAAGAAACGGAGCCUGAAGCCGAUCAGGAUGGCUACUACCAAACUACGCUGCCCGCCAUUGUCUUUCAGAUGUUUGAGCAGAACCUGCAAGUAGCUGCUCAGAUCGAUGGGGACUUUAAAGAGCAGGUUCUCAAACUCUGCCUGAAACAGAUGAACUCAUUCCUCAUUCGGUACAGAGAAGAGGCCGUGGCCUAUAAAGAGGAACAUCUGAGAGAUCGACAGCUGCCGCAGUGUUACGUGCAGUACAUGAUCGCCAUCAUCAACAAUUGUCAGACAUUCAAAGAGUCGGUCAACAGUUUAAAGAGAAAGUACUCUCGGUCCUCGGAGCCCACCGACAGCGACGCUGCCAUCGAGAGGACACUCAACGAGGUGGCCAAGGAGGGAUGUCAGUUCCUCUUGGACGAAGUCUUCUUGGACCUUGAGCAUCACCUCAAUGAGCUUCUCACCAGGAAAUGGCUGACGGGCUCUCAUGCCGUGGACACAAUCUGUGUGACGGUAGAGGACUACUUCAAUGACUUUAACAAGAUCAAGAAACCCUUCAAUCAGGAAAUGACGAGUGAAGCCCUUCGCAGGGUUGUGGUCGACUACAUUAAGGCAGUGAUGCAAAAGAGGAUCACCUUUAAGAACGCUGAUGAGAGGAGGGAAGGGGCUGAUCGAAUGAUCAAAGAGGCCGAUCAGUUCAAGUUCCUCUUCAGAAAACUGGCCGCUGGAGAAGACACAGAUCGUCUAUGUGGUGCCAUUGUGGCCAUUGCUGAAGUCUUCAAGCUGACUGACCCGACGCUGCUCUUCCUGGAGGUCACCACCCUGGUUUCCAAGUACCCCGACAUCAGGGAGGAGCAUAUCCAGGCGCUGCUCGCUGUGCGCGGCGACGCCAGCAGGGAAAUGCGCCAGAUGAUCAUCGGAACGCUCAGCGAGAACAAAGUAUCUUACGGAGGAGUCACCCAGCCCAUCUUCAAAGACAUCACUGUUCCCACCAUCACCAUGACUACCAUGACCACCAUGACCUCCAUGGCAACUGCAAAGCUGCUAAAAUAAAGCCAAUUUUACCAUCCACCCCCCCACCCACCUAAAAUAACCUGAUUUUCACCUCCAGAGUCUAGCUUCUCUGUUUAUUGCACCUUUCCGUUUGUUUGCUCGCUCUUUAAUCACCAUAUGAUCCCGGUUGUGCCCCAGAAAAUUGUAAAUGUUUCGUUGUAAAAAAAUCUCUUUGCAUAUAUGUAAUGAUUGGAAAUGUAUUCACCCUUGAGCAUCCCGACCACAUUCUUCAUCUUUUUCUCUCCGUUUGCAAGUGAGGAGGUAACUUUCCAUUUGACAUUGGGUAGUACUAAAAAGAUGGUCAUCUGCCUUAUUCAGUUUUCAGUUGCUUGGGUUGUCUUUGGCGUGCUACCGCGUUGGUGAGCCCUGCCAUAUAGUUUGUGUUCUGUUUGCAAAAAUGUCUGAUCCUCAAAACGAUUUCCAAGUCAGUGACUUGACCAAGUGCUCGGAAUAAAUAAUACAAAAGAUG